AACUGCUCGUUUAAGUCAUCUUUCUUACCAUAAAAACUUGGCACCGAACAACCGCCCGGCGUCUCCAUCCCGCUGGAAUCCCCAGGAAUACAAAGUUCUUAUCUCGCUCCACACGUUGCUUGUCUGUGACUAUUAACAAACAGCAUUGUGUUCGCGUGAGUGAGCGGGCGGGAGGCGGAGAGCGCGAGUAUAUAAACGCUCCUGUACUAGAGUGAGCUCGAGACUCUAGAAUGAUGCAUUGAGAAGACCGCAUCUUAAAUCUGAAGAUUUGUCACUGUUUGCGAAUUUAUUUGGACUAUCACCGUUUGUGCUACAUCAGGGACUUGCAUAAGAUUAAAUAAAAUGGAUUUGAGGAUUAUUUUUCCAGUGUUGUCUAUGCUGUCAUCUGGGAUUUUUGACUUUGCUGCUCCAGCAUCUUUGGGUCAUGGCACAGAACCAGGCACGUCAAUCUCUGCACACCACUCCAGGACUAAGAGAUGCUCCUGUGCAAGUUUUAUGGAUAAAGAGUGCGUCUACUUUUGCCACCUGGACAUAAUAUGGGUCAACACACCAGAGCGAACGGUGUCAUACGGACUUGGAAACGCUCCACGGAAGAAGCGCUCAGUCACGGAACCUGUUGUGCCCAAGUCUCGCUGCAAAUGUGCAGAUACCAAAGACAAAACAUGCUCUUCAUUCUGUCAACCGAACAAUGCGAUAUGGUAUAAAGACAAGGCCAUCCAUGCCUCCCAGGGCCACGAUUGUGCCGAGAAGCAAUGCAAACACAAGCUGGCAGUCAAACAGACAAAGAUUAGACGGGUAAAAAACACAGAAGAGAUUGGAGAUGUCCUCUCCAGGGUGAGGGCCGUCAAGAACAUCCAUCUUCUCCUGGAGAAGUGGCGAGUGAGGCAGCGCCAGAGGCCACGAGCGAGGAUGACUGAAAACGCUUCCUCGUAGAGCUCAACCUCAGCUUUUGAGCUUCGCUGAUCCACCACAGGAUUUUCCUGAAUACGAAGCUCCUCUCUGCUCAUUCAUUGCACACGUCAUGCAUUUGUCAGGUGUGUUGGAAUACCUACGGAUGCAACCGUCUUGGAUUGCGGUGUUUGUCAUGGGGUCUCCGCCCUCGGGGAGAGUGUGGAGCUCAACGGGAAGAAGAAUCAAACUUCUGAUGGAGAAGUUGACUGAAACAAACCGAACCUCAAAUUAUCAAGGCUAACCUCUACCAACUUUUCUGAACUAGAACUUUUGAUCCAUGGGAUAUUAGUCGGUCCUCCAGAUUAAACUGAUCGCAAAUCAAGACUUUGCAUUGAAGAUACUCGUUGCACAGGAGGAAUAUGCUAAAUGAAACUGUGGACUCCAGAAACCCAAAGCGGUGUGUGUGUGUGUGUGUGUGAUGCCCAUCCAGCCACUAGACUCUGGUGGAAGAACGGCUCUGGUUCUUGUUACUGGACUUUAUACACUGUAAAACAAUGAAGCUCUGCAAUUGUGUCAAUGCAUCAAUGGAAAUGUUAUUUUUCACAUUUAUGUUAAAUAUCUUUAAUUCAGCCAUAUUGGCUAAUAAGAUUUUCUUAAUGUUAUUAUUUCUGUGAAAUGAUAAUAUUUAAUUGCCAUUUUUGUGGUUACCAUUUUUAAUUAAUAAUAAAUAUGUUGCAUUAUUUAAACGA